GGUACUUCGACUAUAUAUUAAGAAGGCUAGUACUAUAUGGAUCUAUAUAGAUAUAUUGAUUAAUUUGUUUCAUUGAGCAUCAAGAAUUAGAGAGAUGUCUAAGCUUAUGCAAAAUCCGGUGUUCCAUGAACUUAAGAAGCAAGCUUCUUUCUUCAUCAAGGAAAAGAUCAAGACUGCUCGUCUCGCCGUAACCGACGUUACUGCAGAAGAACUAUUGACAGAAGAAGUUACGGGCAGUACUCCCUCGUUAAUAGACGCACGUUCCAUGGCGGUCAUAACCAGAGCUUCUUUUGAGGUCGAUCAAUUCCAAAGAAUCGUGAGGAUUCUACGGCAAAGAAUGGUAAUGUUUGAUAGAAAGGAAUGGCGCGGCAUGUACAACACGUUGUCAAUGUUGAACCACUUGUUGAUCAACGGCCCACUAAGUGUAUUCAAUGAGUUCCAACACGAGAGAAUAAUUAUUGAAGAUGUCAUACAGAUCGAGUGGAUCGAUGAGAAAGGAUUCGAUUGUGGUGUAAAAGUUCGAAACAUUGCCGCGAAGGUGCUAAGAUUGCUCGAAGAUGACAUGUUUCUUAAAAACGAGAGAGAAAGAACCCGUAAGCAAAGCACUGGUCGGAUCACAGGAUUCGGAAACUCGAGUUUCUUCAUACAUUCUGAAACGAACAUAGUAAGAGACAACAGCUCGUUCUUGAAUGACGACCACCAACCUUGUGAGAAUGAUCUUAUCGCGGAUGAUCAUCCUUUCGUCGAGAAUGAACACAAUAGUGCUCAGCUCUUGCUUUCUUCUUCGAUUUGAGUUGCGUUGUUUUUUUUUUUUUUUAUAAACAAAGACACAAAUUAAUGCGAAAACAUGUAACGCGUAAUUUUGUAAACUGUACCAUUACUAAAAAAUCAUUAAAGGUCA